AAUCAUAUAUGCCCACCUUAUUUUGUAUUACAUAGUGACCCAUUUGGUGUGACUCUUCUUCCUCCUCCAUAACCAUUCAUGAUUCAUUUCCACUUCUAGUUUCAGUUUCACCAAACUGAGCUGUUGAUUCAGUUUUCCUCUGAAGAUAGUCAGAGGAGGAGCCACUAAAGAUGUCAAAUUUGAUGACCCUUUUGCUAGCUUUGAGUCUGCUACUUGUCCCAGUAGCUUUAUCUGAACCUGAGGCCAUUCAGAAUCUACUUCGGCGUUUGGACUCCAAAAGGGUAUCUGCUUCAGCUCAAGAGGGUGCCGCUAAUGCUCUUCUCAAGAGAUUUCUUCCUCCUGCCUAUGAAGCCAGUUUUGUCUUCAAGAUUGUAUCCAAGGAUGUUUGUGGAGGACAUAGUUGCUUUAUAUUACAAAAUUACAAGCUAUCAAGCCAGGAUGAGCCUCAGAUAAUAGUCAAAGGGACUACUGGAGUUGAACUUGCAUCUGGCCUUCAUUGGUAUUUAAAGUAUUGGUGUGGGGUUCAUAUUUCUUGGGACAAGACCGGUGGUAGCCAGAUAACUUCUAUUCCUAACCCAGGUUCCCUUCCCCCUUUAAACGAUGGGGGAAUCAUAAUAAAACGGCCGGUUCCUUGGAACUAUUACCAAAAUGUUGUUACAUCCAGUUAUUCCUUUGUUUGGUGGGAUUGGGAAAGAUGGGAGAAAGAAAUAGACUGGAUGGCUCUUCAGGGGAUUAAUCUGCCUUUAGCAUUUACAGGUCAAGAAGCUAUUUGGCAAAAAGUUUUCAUGGAUUUUAAUAUCAGUAAGGAGGAUCUUAAUGACUUUUUUGGUGGACCUGCCUUCCUUGCAUGGGCUCGCAUGGGAAAUUUACAUGCGUGGGGUGGACCAUUAUCACAAAAUUGGUUGGAUAAUCAAUUGAAAUUGCAGAAACAAAUACUUUCCCGGAUGCUAGAGCUAGGCAUGACUCCAGUUCUGCCAUCAUUCUCUGGAAAUGUUCCAGCAACAUUAAAGAAGAUACGUCCUUCGGCUAACAUUACUAGACUUGGGGAUUGGAACACUGUCAAUGGCGAUAAGCGAUGGUGUUGUACUUACCUUCUUGCUCCUUCUGAUCCUUUGUUCGUUGAACUUGGAGCAGCUUUUAUUAAACGACAAAUCGAAGAAUAUGGAGAUGUGACAGAUAUAUACAAUUGUGAUACAUUUAAUGAAAAUUCUCCACCAACCACUGACCCUGCUUAUAUUUCAUCACUUGGAGCUGCUGUGUAUAAAGCAAUGUCAGAAGGUGACAAGGAUGCUGUUUGGCUAAUGCAAGGUUGGCUCUUCUAUUCGGACGCCUCUUUCUGGAAGCCGCCUCAAAUGAAAGCCCUUCUACAUUCUGUCCCGUUUGGGAAAAUGAUAGUUCUUGACUUAUUUGCUGAUGUUAAACCUGUAUGGAAUACAUCUUCUCAAUUUUAUGGCACACCUUAUGUCUGGUGUCUAUUACAUAAUUUUGGUGGAAAUAUUGAAAUGUAUGGCGUAUUGGACUCAGUUUCUUCAGGACCUAUCGAUGCUCGUAUCAGUGAGAAUUCUACUAUGGUUGGCGUUGGUAUGUGCAUGGAAGGAAUAGAGCACAAUCCAGUUGUAUAUGAACUGAUGUCUGAAAUGGCAUUUCGAAGUGAAAAAGUUAAUGUUCAGGAAUGGCUGAAGUCCUAUUCUCAUAGACGUUAUGGUAAAGCGGUUCACCAAGUUGAAGCAGCUUGGAAAAUUCUUCAUCAAACAAUUUACAAUUGUACUGACGGAAUCGCUGACCAUAACAAAGACUUUAUAGUACAAUUUCCAGAUUGGGAUCCACAAGUAAAACAAAGUCCAAAAUUUUCAAGACAUAAUCGGAUGGAAAUGCUUUCGAGAAUAGAUAGAAAAAGAAGAUUUCUACUCCAAAAUACUAGCACUGAUUUGCCCAAAGCACAUUUAUGGUAUUCUACUCAGGAGGUGAUCAAUGCCUUAAAACUAUUUAUUGACAAUGGUAGUGAAUUUGCUGGAAGCCUUACUUAUAGAUAUGACUUGGUUGAUCUAACAAGACAAGUGCUCUCAAAGUAUGCAAACCAAGUAUACAUUGAUGCAGUGCUUGCUUUUCGACAUAAGGAUGUAGAUGCUUAUAAACUUCAUAGUCAAAAAUUUGUUCAACUCAUUACCGAUAUUGAUGUUCUUCUUGCUUCUGAUGAUAAUUUCUUGCUUGGAACCUGGCUUGAAAGCGCGAAAAAUCUUGCAGUCAAUCCUCGCGAAAAACGGCAGUAUGAGUGGAAUGCAAGGACACAAGUAACAAUGUGGUAUGACACCACAGAAACAAAUCAGAGCAAGCUACAUGAUUAUGCAAAUAAAUUCUGGAGUGGCCUGCUGCAAAGCUACUAUCUACCAAGAGCUUCUGCCUAUUUCAACUUACUCUCCAAAAGUUUGAGCAAAAAUGAGAAAUUCUAUUUGAAAGAAUGGAGACAAGAAUGGAUAUUGUUCUCCAAUAAUUGGCAAACAGGAACAAAUACUUACCCAGGGAAGGCCAAAGGAGAUGCACUUGCCAUUUCUAAAUCAUUGUAUGAAAAAUAUUUAAGUUAAAAAGUCAUUGGCUUCAGCAUGUAACACUGUUAUCAAACUUAUGGGUGUUAAUUUUUGGCACCCUAAGCUGGUAAUAUUAUUUUCCCAAUAAAUUGAAAAAGUUUCCAAUAAAUAAGUUGGUUGCAUGAAGAACAGCUCUAACCAUUUCAUUA